AUGUAUGGCUUAUCCUUCAUUUUGGGCACUACCCUUGCCAUGACCUCGGCCGUCUCCUCCACAGGCAUUAUCAUUCCUCUUUAUGUGUGGCCUGCAGAUGACAGCACUUGGAGUCCGGUCUAUAACGCCAUUUCAACGCACCCGAAUAUCCAGUUCCAAGUUAUCGUGAACCCAGACAGUGGUCCAGGGGAUACAACUUAUCCCGAUGACAACCUCAUCAGUGGAGUCUCCACGCUAAACAGCUAUGAUAACGUCCAUGUCAUCGGCUACAUUGCUACCAACUUUGCAGAACGUGAACAAGCGGAGGUUGACAGCCAGAUCGCCACCUACAGUGGCUGGUCCUCCUACGCAGCGAAGAACAUUUCGGUUUCUGGAAUCUUCUUCGACGAAGCUCCGAAAACCAACGCCGACACCAAGAUUUCAUAUAUGCAGAGCAAAUCGGCCACAGCAAAGUCGAGCAACCUCAGUACCGUCGUGUUUAAUCCAGGUACCACUCUGGCAAAGGAAUCUGCGGCCGAAUAUUUCAAAGCGGCCGACCUGAUCGUUGAGUUUGAAAGCCCAUAUUCUGAAUGGAAAUCCACCAUCCCGGCGAACGAGUUUUCCUCGAACGAGACUUACAAUAAAGAUGCUAUCAUUCUUUAUAGUGCACCACCGACCGCGGACUAUAAGGCUGUUGUCCAAGAAGCGCAGAGUAUGGGAUUGGGUGCGGUGUACUUGACAAGCAGUGACGACUACAUGUCUAUUGAUACUGCGCCGAAGAUUGCCGCAUCUUUUGUUGAUCAAUAG